AUGCCGGACCUAAUAUCAAUAGCAACCCUGCCAACUAAAGCAUUCACGCCUGCUGCAACACCUACAACCAUACCGACAACUAUAGCAACAAUAGCUGCAUCUGUAUCUGCAGCCACAGCAACAGUGACAACCAUAAUUAAGGACAGCACCGAUGAUUCUACUACUACAGCAUCUAUACUUUCUGCAUUAUUCAACGACAUAAUACUACCCACAAUUUUCAAAAGAGAUUAUUCUACUAGAGACCAUAAGGCCAACCAACUAGGCCAGUUCACCGACCAUCAGGCACGAGUUCAACGAAUAGUAGCCAUAUCAUCAUCAUGUGGGUCCAUCGCCGCAGUUCUAAUAGCCAUGUAUUUUUUAUUUGCUAUAGACCCAAAACGAAUAGUUUUCCGUCAUCAAUUGAUUUUCUUUUUACUAUUUUUCGAUUUGUUAAAAGCAUGUAUUUUAUUAUUAUAUCCUACAAGAAUAUUGACUCAUUCAAGUGCAUACUAUAAUCAUAAUUUUUGUCAAGUGGUAGGGUUUUUCACGGCAACAGCAAUUGAAGGAGCUGAUAUUGCUAUUUUUGCAUUUGCUUUCCAUACUUAUUUAUUAAUUUUCAAACCGUCAUUCAACACAAAAGUGAAAAAUUCCAAUAGAGUAGAAGGUGGAUUAUAUAAAUUCCGGUAUUAUGUAUAUUCCUUGUCAUUUUUUGUCCCAUUGAUUGUUGCCAGUCUAGCAUUUAUUCAUAGUGAUGGGUAUGAUUCUUUGGUGUGUUGGUGCUAUUUGCCAAUGAGACCCGUUUGGUUGCGAUUAGUAUUGAGCUGGGUUCCUCGAUACUGUAUCGUUGUGGGGAUUUUUGUCAUUUAUGGAUUAAUCUACAUCCGAGUCAUUAGCGAAUUUAAAACUUUAGGUGGUGUGUUUAAAAAUGCUGCUGGUAAUGGCGGUGCAGGGAACCUUCAUCUCGCCAGCAACAGUAAUCCCACUUUUUUCUCAUCGUUGAAAUAUUUCUUUGUGUCAAUGAAAGAUCAAUGGUUUCCUAAUAUGUCCGAUGAUACCAUUGCUCCAAUUACCCUGAGACAUAGUCAUAGCCAUAAUGCAUCUGGUACAAUAGCUAGCCCCCACCGAAAUGUAAUUGGUGAAAUUGAUAACGAUGAUGGCGAUGAUGAUUCUGAAGAAUUGGCAGAAGCAUUGGAAGAUGAAUCAGUAGAUUAUCAAGACAUUGAACUCAACAAGCAAAGUAGUCGAAAUCUGUAUCGCCAUCACAAUUCCGAUAUUCAACAGGCCAAUUUAGAAAAUUUCCGAAGACGACAAAGAAUUAUUCAAAAGCAAAUGAAAUCGAUUUUCAUUUAUCCAUUUGCUUAUUGUCUUGUAUGGCUUUUCCCAUUUAUUUUACAAGCCACCCAAUUCAAUUAUGAAGAAGACCACCAUGCAGUGUAUUGGCUCAAUGUUUUAGGAGCUUUGAGUCAACCAUUGAAUGGGUUUGUGGAUACAUUGGUUUUCUUUUAUCGUGAAAGACCUUGGAGAAACACUGCCAUGAAGAAUUUUGAAAAGGAAAAUCGUCAACGAGUGGAUAAUAUCAUUGUCAAUAAUUUAGAACAACGGAAAUAUAGUGAAGGCGCCGAAUCGGCUCAAACAGUGGCCACUGCAAGUAAAAGAAUUGCCAAAAACUCCUUAAGUGCCAGUUCCGGUCUUGUUAACAUAAAUGCAUAUAAACCUUGGAGACAAUUUAUGAACAAGUAUCGCUUCCCAUUUUAUCAAUUACCUACCGACAAGAAUAUUGCCAAAUUCCAAGAUCGAUACAUUAAACGCAAGUUGAGAGAUUCAAGAAAACUAGAUAAACUUGUGCAAGAAGUUACACGUGAUCGACAGGAUUUAACUUUCCCGACUAACAUUGCUGAGAAAUAUGGUGACGGAAGUGGCAAUGGUAGUGGUAGUGGUAGUGGCGGUCAUCAUGGAGGUUCAACCAUAAGUAAUACUAAUGAUAGUAGUCCUAUGUCCAUGGGUGCAGGCAUCAAUUGGACAGAGCCAACUAAUGCUCAUGAUUUCUCCAACAUUUUGAAUACUGGUGGGAACUCUAAUGUUUCUUCAUGGGGCACCAAAGACGUUCCUGGGUUUAAACCCAAUUUUGGAAAAUUCACAUUUGGUAACAGAUCAUCAAAUUUAUUAUCAAGAAAGAGUAGUACGGUUAUUGGAUUACAUGGUACGGGAAGAAAUGUUAGACAACCUAGUAAUGACAGUUUUAAUGAUCCUGUUAGGUCAUUAGGUGGAAGAAGAAAUUCAAGUCUUGUUAUAGGCAACAACACUACAUUGAAUAAACCAUAUGAAAUUGUUAGUUCUCCAACUUCAAGUACAUUCACACCAAUUGAUAGAGUAAAAUCCAAUGAAGAUAUCGAUGAAUUACAUACUGUGGAUAAUGAUACCGAUAAAGCAGAUGAUAAUGAUGAUGGAGAAUUGGAUUUGAUGGAAUUUCUCAAAAAAGGACCCCCAAUGUAA